AUGCUAGCCCAACAAGACGCUUUACACAGUACUGCGGCAGCACAGCAAGACAACUAUGGCUUGCUGCUUCGACAGCUGACAGAGAUUCAGCUGUCGCAUGACACAUUGCAACGAAUCACCAGUGCAGCCGAUGACAUGCAAGAGCUACAGAAUGCGAUGGGUUCAAUGAUGCAAAGACAUGCAGUGCAUGAGCAGCUCUUCUAUGCAACCGAUGAUCACAUACGACAGCUGUAUGGUAAGCAUGUUGCUCUCAUGGAUAUGUUGCAAAAGUUCGAGCGGCAGCAGAGUCAACGUUGGCAGGACCAUGUGACGCAGUACGAAAGUCAGCAAGCAUCGUUGCGUGCAGUCAUGGACAAGUUAUCUCAGACAACUGUGGGCAUGGAUGAGUCUGGUCUUACAUCGCUUAGGCGUGAGCUAGAUUUACUUCAUGAGGCAGUGGGAUCUCUUCAAUCUGAUCAUGCUGCCACGGAUGCAAAGCUACAUGAGUGUUUGGUUCGGCUUUCAGCGAUAAGUGCCAUCCCUGGAUCGGGUGAAGGCUCUUCUUCAGCUGGGGCCCCGAGUCAUCCUCAAGUGACCGAGCGCAUCAGAGAUGAGCUUCAGGGACAUGCCAGACAGGCCGAGUUCUUUAUGAAGCAACUACUUGAGGAACGUAGAGCACGCGAAGCUUUGGAGCUGAGGCUAGGCCAGGAAGCUGAGCAACGUAAACUUCUUGAAUCGCGGAUUUCACUCUUGGAAAGCAGUCGUUAUCACAUGAGCGCACCAACACGUGGAACACCAACCGAGUCCGUCCCGAUGAGGGUUUCGUUGUCGCCUACGGUUACCAGAGAGUCAGAUCAGUUAGACGAAAGCGAUCCAGAGCAACAGUGGUGGUUUCAAUCCGGCGGACCUCCCGGUUUGAGAGCCCCUCCACCUCCAUUGCCAGAAGAAAUGCGAAAGCAGACGGUAGAGAAUCCUGCUAAUCAGAUGCGGCAUGUGUUUGGCACAGCUCUCGGAGUGGAUCUGAGUCAGCACUGCAAUGCAGGGUCAUCUCAAUCAGCAGCUCAGGGCACCCAGACAGGAGGCUUUGUUGCUGAAAAGGGUUGUGAGCUUCCGGUAGCCGGCAACACUGGAGCUCCAGAUGCAAACAAAGAUGAAGGUAGAAUCAUCCCCGAAGGGCGGUGGAAGAUGCUACGAGACAUCCCUCAGCUGAACUUGGCAGUUGGCCAAGCUUGGGAGGCAGGGAUCUACGUACAGUCAUGGCACACGCAGUGUUCAACAAUCUUUCACAGCAUCGCAGAGUCUUUUGCAGAGUUUGCGGAUAGGAUGUGGAAGGCUGCUAUGGUCAUGUACAAACAGAAGUCCGAAAGCUUGAUUAUGCCAGUUCCGCCUAUGAUCAGUGCUGAGGACAAGGACUUUGAAGCAAGGUUGAGUGGCGCUCUCAUGCGAGUAGUGCCGGAGGAAAUCAAAGUAUCAGCAAUUGAAGGGGCGAUGGGGCAGCUAGUUUCAUCGGCUAUGCUUUACAUGGGUGUGCUGGCGAGGCUUCAACCAGCAGGUCCAGAAGAGGCAUCUUCAUUGUUGAGUUUCGUAAGGUCACCGCCGAUUGCAUCUAGUGCUCGCGAGCUGGAGGGUCUAUUUAGACGGUACAGGCUGGCUUUGAGGAGGCUGGUGCAGUUGAGCAUGCCAGAAGUUGCCCCAAGUGAGCAGCUGAAGGCAUUGCAGUUGAUGACCCGAACGCUUGAAAGGAAGUAUCCUGCAUUCCACAUGCGCAUGAACUUGUUGAGACUGAAGGUGUGGAACGAUACUUUACAAGAGCAGGAACAACAGGAGUUCUAUCAGGCUGCUGAGGGCGAGAUCUCCAACAUGCUGUCGAAUGAGGUCUGGGUUGAGGUAAAUGAGAACAGUACGGAUGCUGAGUUGAGGAGGGCUUUAGGUUGGGGUGAUGACGUUAAGAAGCGGGUCCCCAAGCCCAUACCGAUGAAACUGGUUCUUACGAAAAAGCCGGUGAUUAUGCCUGAAGACCUCAUUUCGUCGGCAAGAAAGAAUGGAGCUAAGGCGGCAUCAGAGCAGGUGAAGAAUUGUGCCUAUAAACCAAGGUGUAGGCUUGUUGCCUGUGGCAACUUCCAGCGCAGUGAUAGCACAGAUUCCGCCGAGCUUAGCUCCGAAAACAUUUCUGCAGAAGGAGUGCGCAUGUUGUUCAAUGAGCUUGCUUUUCACGACUCGUGGGAAGCUAUGGCUUUUGAUGUGUCAUGCGCAUUCUUGAAUUCAAAGCUGCCUGUCGAAGAGCGGGUGCUUCUCCGUCCUCCUAAUUCGCUGAUCAAGCUAGGAUUCUUCAAGCCUGGAACGUUACUUGCUGCACAUCGUUCAGUCUACGGACUCCGUCGAGGCCCAGUAGACUGGCAGGAUGAAAGGCAGGAUAAACAAGCCAAGGUGGAGCUCCCUCCGGCGGAAGGCGACGAGCUCCCAGCUUUGGAAAUCGUUGAAACCAGUUGUCAGGGACUCUACACGGUACGCGAGGUGGAGUCAAGAAUCAUCCGCGCAAUAUGUGCCAUGUUCGUUGACGAUGGUUUCUGUGUGGGUGAAAGGGAGGCCCUUUUGCGGUACGCAGAGCAUGUCGACAAAUGCUGGAAAACGAAGUUCCAGGGCAUUCUGUCGCGACUGAAGGACCGGUCGCCUGCUAUCCGAGGCUCUCUAAGCAUCCCAAUGAUAGAGGAAAUCACUUUCAUAGGAGUACAAGUGACAUUCCAAGCAGGCCUGGUGGCAACCAGUCAGCGGAAGUGGCUAUUGCAAGAGUUGGACAGACGAGGUCUGACUCACCUGGCGGGGGUACAGUGCCUCCCCGAUAUCCCUGAAGGCAAGAUCUUGCCACGCGAGCGCACUGAUUCAUAUCAGCAGGAGCUUAAACUGGCGCAACAGGAGAUAGGCAGCUUGCAGUGGAUCGCAUUGAAAACAAGACCAGACAUCCAAUCUACGGUAGGUCAGUGUGCCUCUCUUGCAUCGCUUGAUCCGAGCAUUGCUUUGAAGGUCACGAAAGCCUUGUGGAGGUAUUUGCGGGGAACCGCUGGAAUGACACUUAACUACAAACACAGCGCCGAUACCACGCUGUUGGGAAGCUCGGAUGCAUCAUUCAGUCCAGGAGGUGGUAGAUCCAGAUCUGGCUCCGUCAUCUUGUUUGGUGGAAAUGCAAUUGGCUGGAAGAGCUGUCGGCAGAGCCUUACCGCGUACAGUACUUGCGAGGCUGAGUGCGAGGCGAUGGCGACAUGCACAGGAUUCUUGACAGACACAGCCGCGCUGUUACAAGAGCUCACGAACCGUCCCAUCGAGAUGCGCAUGGAGAAUGACAAUUCAUCGGCAGUGUGCCUUCUGACUAGAGCUAGGUUUACGGUGCAAGGUUGGCGAACGCGCCAUUAUGCAAUAAGAGCUGCAUGGACACGCGAUCAGCAUGAGCAUCACGCUGUGAGCCUACAACAUGUACCGGGAAAAGAGCUGGUGUCAGACAUGCUGACGAAGUCGUUGAAUCGAGCUAAGCUGGAGCAGCACGCUGAAAAGAUUGGCUUGACCAGAGGGCGAGUAGGAGAUUGA